GGAAGUCCCGGGGGAGGGGGCGUUACGUAUAUCCGGCGAGUAGCUGGCGGUUUCGGGUGCUGCUGGGCUGUGUGGUGUGAGGGAGGGUCGAAGCCGCCGCUGCUGCCGGAGGAGCCCCUCGGCCGUAGGAAGCAUUAAUAAUGUCUUUCAUCUUUGAGUGGAUCUACAAUGGCUUCAGCAGUGUGCUCCAGUUCCUAGGGCUUUACAAGAAAUCUGGAAAACUUGUAUUUUUGGGUUUGGACAAUGCAGGCAAAACCACUCUUCUACACAUGCUCAAAGAUGACCGCUUGGGCCAGCAUGUUCCAACACUACAUCCGACCUCAGAAGAGUUGACAAUUGCUGGAAUGACUUUUACAACUUUUGAUCUUGGUGGGCAUGAGCAAGCACGCCGGGUUUGGAAAAAUUAUCUCCCGGCAAUUAACGGGAUUGUCUUUCUGGUGGACUGUGCAGAUCACCCUCGCCUCAUGGAAUCCAAAGUUGAGCUGAAUGCUCUAAUGACUGAUGAAACAAUAUCCAACGUGCCAAUCCUUAUCUUGGGUAACAAGAUUGACAGAACGGAUGCCAUCAGUGAAGAAAAACUGCGUGAGAUAUUUGGGCUUUAUGGACAGACCACAGGAAAGGGGAACGUGACCCUGAAGGAGCUGAAUGCCCGCCCCAUGGAAGUGUUCAUGUGCAGCGUGCUCAAGAGGCAAGGCUACGGCGAGGGCUUCCGCUGGCUCUCCCAGUACAUUGACUGAUGUUUGGACAGUGAAAAUAAAAGAGUUUUACUUCUCUGGACUGAUCCCAUUCCCAGCUUCCUCAUGAACUUUUCUACUAGAACAAGGAAAGCUCUUCAACCGUGUGUGGCGUUGAGAAGCCAAGAGUCUCUGUCCGCCCUCUCAUCGCCCAGUGGUGACAUGUGCUUUCUCCACACUAUUGGGAGGUGACGCUGCCCCACAUGCCAGUGCAGGUCAGCGUCCCGGGACUCGGAAGCCGGCAGGAUCUGCUGGGUAAAGCUGUAUGCCAUCAUGGGGCACCUGAAAGAAAAACACGUCUCACCACUGUGGUUGAUUUCAAAAGAAAGUGAUUCUAUUUUUUAAAGAAAGCGUUGUUAAUGUAA